AUGCAGCCUCCGUACCCGUCGCCAAUCCCUACCUGGCACAAUGAUACGUACCCAGCCAUAAGCCCCACCAACCCAAACCUCACUCAAGAAGGGAAAACCAUAAUAGUCACCGGAGCGGGCAGCGGCGUCGGACGAGCCACAGCCCUAGCCUUCGCCCAAGCAGGCGCAAAGCACGUCGUGCUAGUCGGCCGAACAUCCGCAACCCUAGAAGAAACCGCAGCAGCCAUAGGGGAAAGCAGUGAAAAGACCAAAACAAGCAUCUUCGCCGCCUCAGUCGCCGACGAAUCCGCUGUCCAGAACAUCGCACGGGAGGUCGGCGCCUGGGAUGUCCUCAUCCUCAAUGCUGCGCAUCUCUCGCCGCCAAACACCGUCCUCAACAUCCCAUUGAGUGACUUCUGGACAAGUUAUGAAACGAACGUGAAAUCCGUCUAUAUCUUCGCGCAAGCCUUCCUUCCACUCGCUAACGCCAACGCCACAUUCCUCAGUGUGAACGCUGCAGGCGCCGUUCUCCCUGCGGAGAUAGGCGCUGGUCUGACCGGCUACAUGAGCAGUAAGAUCGCGCAGGCGAAGCUGAUGGAGUACAUAGCGCACGAGCAUCCGGAACUGUUUGUCGCAAGCGUGCAUCCUGGCGUUAUUGAUACGAAGCUGCUAAGAGAGGCGGAGAUGCAGGCGAGUAAGCUGUCGCAGGACACCGGUAAUUUCUUCCUUCUCGUGCAUGCAUAG